AUGACUACGUUGCCGAUUAAUGCUCUGAUAAAAUUAGUUAUCGAUACAGAUCCUGGUAUUGAUGAUUGUCAUGCUAUUAUGAUGGCUCUUUCGUCUUCGCAUGUGCAAAUACUAGGUCUUACCAUCGUCACAGGCAACACAUCACUUGAUCAAGCUAUUCGUAAUGCUCAUUAUCUUCUACAUACAUUCAAACGCGAUGAUAUACCAGUGUUUCGUGGAGUGGACCGAGCUCUGGAUGGUCUUCAAAAGUAUGCACCGCAUAUUCAUGGCGACGAUGGAUUUGGAAAUGCUACACUUGAUAAGGAUAUCAAAUUGGAUUUAUUAAGUGAUGAACCAGCGUCUGUAGCUCUUGUACGUUUGGCUCGUGAGAAUCGUGGUGAACUCGUCGUAGCAGCCAUUGGUCCUUUGACUAAUAUUUUUCUUGCACAUCGGCUUGAUCCAGAUUUUAGUCGAAAUAUCAAACGGUUAUUUAUCAUGGGUGGUAAUUGCACAAUGCCGCAUCUUGACGCAUUAUCAAUCGGUUUUGAAUUCAAUUUUAAAUGUGAUCCGUUGGCUGCUGCGAUCGUUCUCGAAGAAUUUCAUACGACACCCAUUCUUGUUCCAUUCGAAUUAGCCGUUGCAGCACCCUUCUCAUUUCACUUUCUCGAUGAAGAGAUGUUUUCAAAAACGGACAAAUCAGAAAAAGCUCGUCUUUUUAAUGAUGUUUCGCAAUUUCUUGUUGACGUUUGCAAAAAUGAAAGCGAACUAUUUGGUGAAGGACUAGUUUCAUGUGAUUCAGUAUGUAUGGCUUGUGUGUUGGAUGAUUCGGUGAUGAUCGAACGACGUCAAAUUUAUGCCUGUGUUGAACCAAUCGGCAUAGUGGCAAGUGGACAUAUGAUCGCAGAUUGGUAUGGUCAUUUUAGGCGUGAGCCUAACGUAGAAAUUGUCACUAAAAUCGAUAUGAAAAAAUUCACCAAUCUCUUUCGCAUGUGUGUACAGUGAAACUCAAUUCUUGUCUCAUAUGAACAAGAUAAUACUCGUCGCUACAACUCCCUUGACCUUCGACUGAAACUCAUUCUAUUCAUUUUGAGAACUAUCGUCAACUAAGUCGCCAAUGUGUGUGAUGUCACCGAUGUUGUCAUACCAUUUGAUUAUAACUAAUUUAUUAGUUUUUUCAAAUAAUAUUUAUUGUUGAAAAUCUAGUAUUAAUUGUUCACCGUGCAUGUUUAAAGGAUCAGAAAAAAUUAGGAUUUCUGCCUCGAUUCAUUAAUUUUACAUUUAUAUCUAAGAAAUAUCUCAUGAGCAACAGGUCACUACCUACUAGUCGUUAACAUCCUGCUCAUGGAUUCAUUUUGAUAUAUCUACAAACAAAGGAUUUAUCUGUAACAAGAGACGUUGACAUACGUCUCGAAGCAAGCUUGUUAGCGCAGCUCCAAAGGAGCUAAAAUGUGAAACUCACGUAUGUCUUUCAAACUAAUUAUUCUCAUGCCUGAUUUUUGUGUGCUCAAAAAGUGAGUACACUCUAGAAUCGAUCAGUGUAUCCGUCCGUUUACACGAUAACUUUUGAAAGGAGAGUCCGAUUGCGAUGAAAUUUCCUACACAGUUCAGUCUUAACAAUGUCUCGGUCGAGUUCGAAGAUGGGUAGAAUUGGCCGAACCAUUCCUGAGUUAUUGCAAAAAUACUCAUUUUUCCCUAUGGCUUUCUACGCGAAAAUCGACUCAUCUCCGUUUUCG